AUGGACAACCCUCUCCCAAAGGACCUCCGCCUCCUAACCCUCAACUGCUGGGGCCUAAAAUACAUCUCCAAGCUCCGCCCCCAACGCCUCGCAGAAAUCGGCCGCCGCAUCGCCGCCCUCCCGGACCCGCCCCACGUCGUCGCCCUCCAAGAGUGCUGGGUCACCUCCGACUACGACGCCAUCCGCGCCGAGACCGCCGCCGUCCUGCCCCACGGCAAGUUCUACUACUCGGGCCCCUUUGGCGGCGGCCUCGCCGUCCUCUCCCGUUGGCCCAUUGACGAGAGCUCCAUGCAUGCUUACCCUCUCAACGGCAGACCCACGGCCUUUUGGCGAGGCGACUGGUACGUCGGCAAGGGCAUCGCCUGCGCCCGCAUCCCCAUCCGCCUCGCUGGCGCAGACGGCGGCCCCGGUAGAGACCACGUCCUGAGCAUCUUCAACACCCACACCCACGCACCAUACACCGAAAACCAACCGGGCGACACCUACCUCGCCCAUCGCCUCGCCCAGUCCUGGGAAAUGUCCAAACUCCUCCGCGCCGCCGUCCAGCGCGGCGACCUCGCCCUCGCCAUGGGCGACUUCAACAUGCGGCCCCUGUCCCUCCCGCACCGCAUCAUCACAGCCCACGCACCCGUUUACGACGUCUGGCGCGUCCUCCACCCGGACUCCUCCCUCGGCGCCGCAGACGACCCCCUGGAAAAGGCCCGCGGCAGGCCCGUUCCCUCGGCCGACUUUAACUUGCGCGAGAACGGCGCCACCUCGGACCACGUCUACAACACCUGGCGCUGGUCCAAGGAGCAGCAGAAGAAACUCGGUGAGGGUAAAGAACCCGUCGUCGUGCCGCCAGACACACCCGACAGAAAGGGGAAACGCCUGGAUUACAUCUUCUUCGGCUACGGAGGAGGAGGAGGAGGAGGAGGAGGAGGAGGAGGAGGAGGUGGUGGUGGUGACGGCGGCGGCAGCUGGGUCGUUCGCAGCGCUCAAGUCGGCAUGGUCGAGCCGCAUCCCACGCUCGGCUGCUCCCUAAGCGACCACUUCGCCGUCGAGGCAACGCUGGCAUACCAGACGACCCACCACCGCCAUCACCAAGGCCUCGACGCAACGGAAAACGAUAACGAGACGUCCUACCUCCAGGACGCCUCAGCUAGCUCCCACCGCGACUCCUUCACGUCCGAGAAUGCCCCCCUUUCCGAAGGGCCAGGCAAAGGUCUUCCGUUGCCAGUCUACGACGAGAUCCUCUCCGUAACACGUCAGUACAUCCACCGGGAAGAGAACCAGCGGCGCUGGCGGGGAUUACACUUCGUUGCAUGGUUUGCCAUUCUGAUUGCGUGUCUUGUGGCUGUGUGGUUCAGCCCACACAACUUUGUUGCCUUCAUUCUCAUGCUUUUAAGCAGUCUCGGACUGGCUGCUGGUGUUAUUGACGGACUCAUGUCACUCCUCUUCUUUAACUCUGAGAUCAGAGCCUUGAAGGAGUGUGAAUGGGAAAUCACAAAUGCCAAAAGGCUUGCGCGAGAGGCUGAUAUGUAA